CCACGGCUACUUUUCUUUCCCACCAGAUAAGCUAUAGUACCUCCUAACGUCGUAUUACGUGAGCCUGUGUGAUUAUGGCAUAGUUGGGCGCUGUUGUGAACGCCACGGAUGGAUGGUUAACGCCCACCCGUAGGAACUGCUCAUUUUGCAAAGGGGAAGCUCCAUUCAACGGCUGAUAGGCGGGUAGGCGAAACACAGGAGCGGCAGUUCACCAUCAGUAACAUACCGCGUCAGCCGAAAGAUGGUCUCUGUGGAGUAGGCUGUCAUUUCUGCCUUUGAAAUUGAGACAUUUUACUUUCAGAUCAAAACCAAACCAUCGCUCGAGGAAUGGGUUCUCAAUGUCCUCAUUAAUUCGGAGGUCUUCUCCUGUGUUCGACCUGCCGCGGAAAUAGACUGACUUCCUACAAUCGUUUCUGCUGUGUGUCUCACCGCUGCCGCAGAUCUAUUACUGUACUCGGAUCAUCUCACCCGGGCUCUCCGUGGCGGCGAGGGGGACCACUGGCUCUGGACAUCUGGACACAUCGGAACCACUCUCCCGUCCUUGUAGAUACGUGCCCGUGUGCGUGUGUGCCCGUGCUGCCUAUAUGAUGCCGACACAUAUGCGGAUUCGGAGAAGGUCAUUCCUUGGGCUUUUAUUCCUUUUCUCGCUGUCCACCUCCGCAUUGUAUUUCAUCUACUCAGCACCUGGUAUCGUGAAUGAGUAUGUGUUCAUGGUCCAAGCCAGAGGGAUCCAGAUCAGGGAGAACGUGAAGAACAUCGGAGCUCAGGUCUUGGAGCAGGUGGUGAGGGGCGCCUACAGCAAUGGCACAGACUACUCCUAUGACUUUAACAUGAGCGACAGUGAUGCUCCACCCACCACAUACCUUCCAGAGGGCUUCACUUACCUCGCAUCACAGCCCUGCCCUGAAAGACUGCCCUCUAUGAUGGGUAGAAUUGAAGUGAACAUGAGCGAGGUGUCUUUGGAGGAGGUGGAGCGGUCACUGUUGGAGGUGCAGCCUGGAAUAACUAUGGGUGGUUACUGGAAACCCCAAGACUGUUUACCUCGAUGGAAAGUGGCAAUUCUAGUUCCAUUUAGAAAUCGUCAUGAACACUUACCCAUCCUCCUGAGACACCUGGUGCCCGUGCUGCAAAAACAAAGACUCCAAUUUGCCUUUUAUGUAAUAGAGCAGGGGGGUACAGAGCCAUUCAACAGAGCUAUGCUAUUUAACGUCGGCUAUAAAGAGGCCAUGAAGGACUUCGACUGGGACUGUCUGAUUUUUCAUGAUGUAGACCACCUCAUGGAGAAUGACAGAAACUACUAUGGCUGCACUGACAUGCCCCGCCACUUUGCAGUACAACUGGAUAAGUACUCCUACAUGCUUCCAUAUAAUGAAUUCUUCGGCGGUGUCAGUGGCCUCACGGUAAAGCAGUUCAAAAAGAUUAAUGGAUUUCCUAAUGCGUUCUGGGGCUGGGGAGGAGAGGACGAUGACCUCUGGAACAGGGUGCAUUACGGCAAUUACACAGUGAGCCGCCCACGAGGAAACCAGGGACGCUACAAGUCUAUCCCACACCACCAUCGUGGAGAGGUCCAGUUCUUGGGGAGGUAUAGUCUUUUGCGCCAUUCAAAGGAGCGUCAGAAAGUGGAUGGCCUCAACAACCUAAACUACUCCCCCCUGGUGUCCAGGAGGCCUCUCUACACCAACAUCACAGUUAGCCUGAGCAGGAAACUAGCUCCAGUUGCUGAUUACUGACCUACCCCGUCAGCUGGACUGCAAAAAAACAAGACCCUCACUGGGAAGUCCCCUGGGACAGCAGCCAUAUUGUCACCAUAGUCGCAGCACUGUUUAGGAAAUUUCAUUUAAUUUGUUUUCUUUUUUUGUAUGCAAAAAAUGGAUGACCAAAACAAGUAUGUUUGGUAAAUCAUACAAAAAUGUGGAUCAAUGUUGCGCUAAUUUGUGCCAUUGUCCCCAUCACUCCACUCAUUUGGGCUUAUUGUAGUCUUCACAUGCCUUUUCAGACCAUUUUGGCCUUCAGCAUCAAUUUCCCACAAGCCUCAGCUCCGUCUUUGCUAAAAAAACUAGUCCCUCAUGCAUACAUGUACACAUUUGAUUGGGCUGACAUUAUUGUCCUGGGGAUUUGCUCUGCUCUUGCACUUCUUAUUUUCACAAAUGCAGUAAAGAUAUUUGCAUGCACACGUACAAUACACAGCCGUGGGAUGAAGCCUGGACUCCUGCAGCUGGUUCUGCAGAUAGUAUGCCAAAUUAUAUUAGAAACAAGAUAUAGAAAGACUGUUUUAUUGAAAUAGUUAAUAUAUUCAUCGCUCCAUUAAAUUACUGUGAUGUCUUCGUCUUUGCAUUGGAGAACCGGAUAUUCGGGCUUGCAUAUGUGACUGUAUCAAUGUUAGCAAUAAUAAUAAUAAGCUGUAAUAUACCAUACAGCUCUGAACUUAGCUGACUUCCUCACUGUAUACAGAUGCAAUAGCCGGGUGCUAGCUUAGCCAGUGGAUUUUAAAAGGAGUGACUGUGUAUGCAAACGUUUCCACCGAACACACCUUUGCCUAACAAACAUAACCAUCCCCUACAACCCUGUGUGUGUGCACGCAUGUGUGUUUGGGGAGGCAAGGGGGAGCUAUGCAAAGGGCCUGUCAGUGCACAAGUGGCACUGACGAUAGCUUUGGGCUGGUUUGUGUGUGUGUCUGUGUGUGCGUGUGUGCGUGUGUGUGUCUGUGUGUCUGUGUUUAUAGUGUGUAGAAACAGACAAGAGGAAGGAAGAGGAUGAGAUGGCUAUUUUAGGUUCCAUAAUGUUUACUCACUUUCACUUUUAGGAGGAUCUGGAGACUAUACUUGAUUGCUGUCAUUGUCACUGGUGUUUACCAAAGCUGUUUUGAAGCUUGGAUGCUUUUCCAUUAGUCGUUUGUUGGUAAAAUGGUUGUCUGAGCCUUGCUUCACUGCAGCCGGAAAAAGUGUUCCCAGAAACACUACACAUCACAGAAUUUGAAUACAGUAAAGUGGAAUUAUUUCAGUGUUAUUUCAUAAGGUAAUUUCCUGCUCAACACAGCAUUCGUUAUGUGAUUCAAUUAGCAGAUAACAUAACUGUAGAUCCUUUGAUGAACAUAGAGUUUUCAUAGAGAGACACUUUCCUGGUAAACUGGUUGGUGUGGUUGGAUUAAUAAUCACAGUUACACUGACAACGUUUUCAGGUUUAAUGUCUGUAGGCAUGUGUACUGUGACUAUUGAAAUAAUUCCACUUGUUUGAUAAAGUGUGUUCAAAACAUGCAGGGGAAGUUCACAUGUAGAUGCUAUAACCGACAUCAGGUCAUCCACUACUCAUUAGCCUGUUAGCCUGUUAGCAUCUUGGCUCAAAGCCCUAAUGUCAGACUGGAGGUUUUAUUAAAACGGCCUGCAAUGGAGCAUUGCACAGUGUGUUUUUGAUUUGUGUGUUUAACAGUGUUGAUUUUUAUAGUAAUGUGACCACUAUUUUAAACUUAGUUAAUUUUUCACCAACACAUCUUUUUCAUCAUCAGAGUAUGUCUUUAGUCAUGAAGCUUCACACAAACCGCCUUGUAUGCAUUUAUAAGAUGUGUCUUUUGGGGGAAAUAUGUGGCUAAUUGUAACAAGAGGCUGGACCUCAUUUUUAUUUAUUUGAUCUUUUAAGAAUUAUUUUGUGUAAUUGUUGAGUUCUAUUAUCUUGUGGUUGAUGUGAUAAUUAAGUAGGCGACUCACAUGACAGACUGUGUUAGAUGCACUGAAACCUGUAGUUCCUAAUAUGUAUUUAUGUGGGCUUUUGAGGCUAAAAUGGAAGUGGUCUAUCUUAUCUACAUUGUGCAAUGAGAAGCUAAAUUUUUUACAGUAAAAUAAUGGCAGCUGUGGUUGGCAGAAUGUUUUCCUGUAUAAAAUGUAUUAAAGCAGAGGAUAGUGUAGGUGACUUGGAUUCUUAACAUUGUUGUUUUGCUGUAAAAACUUAGCAACCACAGCUGUAUGUAUUUUACCAAAAUUUGACAUUUUUGAUACAUUGUAAUGAAAUGGACCUGCCCUCGUAGCCUGAUAUGUAUUAUAUCUGAUAAAGCCAUUUUGUGUGACAACCACAGGAAAAGCAAGACGCCUAAAAAAGCUAGUGGUCUCUGUCUUUCACUAAGCACCUUGUGGACUAAUUGAUAAUCAAUGGUGCUGACUUUCCAGAGCUAACCUUUUGCAAUGGCUGCUCUGUGCUAUACGUGCUUCACUAGAUGUCCGCUUUAAAUUCCUAGCCCACACCCAGUGUGAAGAUUUUACAAGUUGUCAUAUUACGUCCACAUCGCCUCAUUUAUUACCUCAAUAAAUCACUUGAAGCGACAAAUUAAGCUAUUCAACCUAAAUACAUAAAUAACAAUACAAAAGUACUAAAUAAAUAAAUCUUGCUAAAUUGUUUACUAAAUCCCCAAUACAUGCUCUUUCGUACUUGCACAGUUAGUAUCUCACGCUGUUUAAAUCUUGUGCUUUAUCUGUUCAUUCAGCUGUUGCCUUUUCAUUAUGCACUCAUAAGCUACCUACGUAUCUUUGGUUAGUGGCACAAUGCCGCUUCAGAAGCACGUUGUAUACCUCGUAGCCACUCACUAAGAGGUGACUGUGACAGUCAUGGACCCUAGCGACUUACUAUAUGUGUUAAGUUUUCUUUUCCUUGUGUGUUUGAGUGAAAUGGCUAAUGUAUAGUUAAUAACAAAUUUACUUUUCUGUUAUUUUCAUCCUAUUCUAUAUUAUUCACCUGCUUCUUUUUCAUUGCUUUAAAUUAAAAGCUAGAUGGACUUUAAGCAGAAGCCAAAUGUUAACUAAAAAGACAAAACUCUGUGCAAUGAACCGGCAGCUUCAUCAGCCAUUACCAUUUUAUCAAAGCAAUCCACGCGAUUUCAAAAAAGGGUAACCAAAUAAGAGCAUGUUUUACCUUUCUGCAAAAUCUAAAUAAGGAAAUGGAUGGCAACCCCUCUAAGAGCAUGCCAAAAUCUGUUGUUUAUCUUGUGGUCUCAUGGUAGACCCAAACCAGGCUUCCUGCUGCUCAUUUGAAAACAAACUUGACCUUUGACUCCUGUUGAGCUCUCCAUUCUGUGCUAGUUUCAAUGACGGUACGCUGUUUUACUAUGCACCUGAUGAAACUGGCAGCCUUAAGCUUAUUAAUUUAUUGCAGUGUUUUUGUUUUUUACAUUUAAGUUUUUAUUUUUAUAAGAGAAAUGUAUAAAUUGAGGAAAAAAAUGUUGAUAUCAAGAAAAAAAAUCAUUGUAAAUAUUGUGUGUAGUGUUUUAGCUUAUUAUAAGGACUUAAAUCACUACAGAUGCUAGAGAACAAGACUUUGGAGGGGUUGUGGACAAGUUAUUAUGGUAUCAUUUAAAGGUACUCAAAAUACUUCUUAGUACUUCAUUUCCUCCCAUUAUUUCAUCCCAGUGUCCCAGAAGUAUCAUAAAUUAGUGUAAUUAUGUCCAUCUUUGUCUAAUGUAUUUCAAUAUAUAAACUAUUUUAGGAUUGCAAUGAGGAGUACAGUACUGAAAAUGAAACCAAAACUAGAGCCACAACCCACUCCCAAAACACAUAUUUUGUAGGAAAGCAAACUGUAAUAAAAAUAUGAAAAAAUACUGCUACAUAUACCGUUAUACCUGAUUGUAAGGAGGCUUAGUCCUCCUUGACCUGAAGCCAUUUGAAGCCACUUGUCAAAGUUUGAUGUCAGCCUUAUGUGUAUCUGUUUGUGUAUUGGCAUAUUAUCUUUUGAUUAUUGAAAUUUGUAUGAUGGAGAUUUUUCUUUUAUACCAUCAUUGUUAUUGUCAGAGUACACCGAUAAUAAAAGAGAAACUUGUAAAGAUA